GUUACGCGGGAGCGCGAUCCAGCCACUGGACAGCAAGCUUUGCUAUUUCAAAUUGACUACCCUGAAAUUGCAGAAGGCGUUCAACCAAGACAUCGGUUUAUGUCCGCGUAUGAGCAGAAGAUUCAGCCCCCUGACAAGAGGUGGCAGUAUCUUCUUUUCGCAGCAGAGCCAUACGAAACGAUAGGCUUCAAAAUUCCAUCCAGGUAG